AUGGCAUCAGCCAACGCCAGGCCGGCCGUCGAGGAGGCACACUCGAAUCCCUCGGCUCCCAAUCCCGCAGGCCAUAGCCAGUUUAUCAAGGACCCGCUAGCGCACUUCAAGGCCAUGCCGUGCCGUGCCGGACCGCCGCCCGUCCUGUUCAACACUACCUUCCGCAAGGCCGUCAUGACGCCGCAGGUCGUGCUAGUCCGCGGCCGCGUGGUCAAGCGGGGCGGCCGCAAGAUCACGGUGCGGGGGUCGAUUAAGGACAAGGACGGAAAGGUGCUGGGCGAGGGAGAAGGCGUGUGGGUCAAGGCGGGCAAGCAACUUCGGAGUCAUUUGUAG